AUGGAAUCUACGCAGAAAAAAUUCAAAGAAAGGAGCGGUGUAGCCAAAAUGGUGGGGACAAUUGUAUCACUGAUUGGUGCACUUGUGGUGGUGCUCUACCACGGUUUACGUGUCUUCACCGUCGUUUCUCCUUCGUGUCCACAACUCCGUCAGCUUUCUCCGGCGUUAUUAUCAUCAAACUCCGAUUGGAUUCUUCUAGCCAUCAAAGACACUCUCCUUUCUGUUGCUUUCAUCUUCCAGGCGCAUAUAAUGAAUGAAUAUCCAGCAGCAUUCACGGUCUCUUUCUUCUAUUUUGUAUUUGCUUCAAUCUUCACCUCGUUAAUGGGACUCGUAACAGAAAAGAAUAGCCCAAGCAUAUGGAUCAUUCGAUUUGAUAUUACAUUGUUUUGCAUAUUAGUCGAGGACCUCGAGUACACAAUUCAUUUGUGGGCCGUACGUAAUAAAGGACCUGGUUAUAUUUGGACCUUUGUCGAUAUUAAUAGCAGUGAAUCAGUGAUCAUGGGAGCGACUUUUCUCGGCGAUUCUCUUUAUCUCGGAACACACUUGAAAAAGAUGAGGCUAUAA